AUGCCGUCCGGAAGCCCUCAAAGCCUUGCCAGCGCUCUUGACCGCCCUGACUCAUUUGAGGAUUGGCUUCUUGGGACGCAUUAUUCCCAUAACUACUUAGCGGCGCUGCGGCUGCAGGGGCGCCCGAGUCCUGUUGCUUCUAGAGGGCAACCAAAAGUUAUUUCCGUCGCCAAAGGUAAGCAGCACUCUCGGACGCCACAUCAGGGGAUGUCACCUCGACCAAAUGUGUCAGCAAAUAAUGGUGUGCAGGGGAUGAAAAAGCGCCAGCAGCAUGAUGCAAAGAAAGUUGGGGAAGAAAAUGCGGAAAUGGUACUUCCUAAUUCUGGCAUUUCCACGGGGAGGAGAAAUAACGCCGCGUUGGGGACUACAGAGGCCCAUCUGGAUGACCCACUAGAUGCGGUGGCAACCCGGGAUCUUCUUCGGGACUCGUACUAUCGAAUAAGGAAUUCAUGCACUGGAACCUUUCCGCCUCUUCUAACUCCCUUUAAGCGUUCGUUGUGGACGUACAAAACGGUGAAUGAUACACAAGGUGAACUUUUCAUUGGAGGUAGAGCUAUAGGAGAGAAGCACGAUCUGUCUGACGCGUCAUAUUCAUUGAAAAACUCACACGAUAUUGUAGAUGUACCAUUCGAUCAACGGCCCGUCAAGGUGAGAAACCAUCCUUCCACUGGCCCUCCUUGCUUUGCUCCAACCCCAACUUCUUACAGAUGGCUCACGAGCAUGCGUUGA